GUGUUUGAGAGAGGGAGUGUGUUUGUCCUGGAACAGCUCUUCCUGAUUCAGGCCAAGCAGCUCCACUUCCCGUCUCCCAGCACAGGACUGCUGCUGUGGAGAUGGGACGCUGAUCCAGACUGGGAAUAUUUCAUGCCUGGAAUCUUACAUUUUAGAGCAUUGUGAGCCUUCUCCUGAAGCUGGAAUAAUGUCUCUGUGCAGUUGCAGGCAGGCCAUGCUUGCAGCAGAGAUCUGCACACUGAUGGCCAUUCUGGUGGCAGGCACUGCAGGACAAAGCCCUGACAGGAGGGAGGCAGGGUCCUCCUGCUAUGGGGGGUUUGACCUUUACUUCGUUUUGGACAAGUCAGGGAGUGUACAGCACCACUGGAAUGAGAUAUAUUACUUUGUUGAUCAUCUGGCUCAUAAAUUCAUAAGUCCUCAGCUGCGGAUGUCCUUCAUUGUGUUUUCUACAGAGGGACGGAUCCUGAUGAAACUCACAGAAGACAGGGAGCAGAUUCGAGCAGGCCUGGAGGAGCUCCGUAUGGUGCACCCUGGGGGAGACACUUUCAUGCACAAAGGGUUCCAAAGGGCAAGUGAACAAAUCUACUAUGCUGGAGACAGUUUCCGUACAGCCAGCGUCAUCAUUGCCUUGACAGAUGGCGAACUGAGGGAGAAUCAGUUCGAUCUGGCAGAGAGAGAGGCCGGCCGAUCGCGUCAACUGGGUGCCUCUGUCUACUGUGUGGGAGUAAAAGACUUCAAUGAAACCCAGCUUUGGACAAUAGCCGACAGUAAGGACCAUGUUUUCCCUGUAAAUGAUGGCUUUGAGGCACUGCAAGGAGCCAUUGAUUCAAUCCUGAAGAGAUCAUGCAUUGAGAUAUUGGCAGCAGAGCCCUCUAGUAUCUGUGCAGGAGAGUCCUUCCAGGUGGUAGUGAAAGGAAAUGGUUUCUCACAUGCCCGUGAGGUGGGGAAGGUCCUUUGUAGCUUCCGCAUCAAUGACACUCUCACUUUGAUGAAAAGGCCAUUGGUAGUGAGAGACACCUACCUUCUGUGCCCAGCUCCCGUAUUGGAAGAAGAAGGGACUGAAGCUACCCUCCACGUCAGUAUGAACAAUGGCCUGAGUUUCAUAUCUAGCUCCGUCACCAUCACCACAGUCAGCUGUUCUGAUGGCACAUUUUUGGCCAUAGCUCUGCUCAUCCUGCUGCUCCUGCUGACGCUGGCUCUGCUCUGGUGGUUCUGGCCUCUCUGCUGCACAGUGAUCAUCCACGAGCCUCCACCUCCAGUAAUGGAGGACAGCUCUGAUGAGGAUGAGGACGGGUGUCCCAAGAAGAGGUGGCCCACUGUGGAUGCUUCAUACUACGGUGGCCGAGGUGUUGGUGGCAUCAAGAGAAUGGAGGUCCGCUGGGGUGACAAGGGUUCCACUGAGGAGGGGGCCAAACUGGAGAAAGCCAAGAAUGCCCGUGUCAGGAUGCCAGAGCAGGAGUUUGACAUGCCACUAACACACACUUUCAACAAUGGCAUUCACAAACCAAUCAGUCCCCAGAAGUGGUACUCUCCUAUAAAGGGCAAGCUGGAUGCUCUGUGGGUGUUUCUGAGGAAAGGCUAUGAUAGGGUGUCUCUGAUGAGACCCUAUCCUGGAGACAAGGGCAGGUGCAUUAGCUUCACCCGGGUGAAAUCCUACCCGGCUCCUCGUUAUCCAAUCUACCACCAGCCCUCAACGCCAAUCUACAGUCUCCCUCACACCUACAGUCACGCUUCCUCACAUGGCAACCUCUCCCACAUGCCCCCCUCUCCCACCUCCACUCUUCCACCCCUGCCAUCCACUCCCCCUCCGUCCUGCAUCACCCCACCUCCUUACACCCCCCAUCCAAACCAAGCUCUGCCCCCAACUUCUGUAAGUCCUCCCCUACCUGCUGCUUCACCCAACCCUCCACCUGUUUUUUCUCAGGCCCCACCCUCAUGCAGAGCCCCUCCCCCUUCCCGCCCUCCCCCACACCCAUCUGACCAAUUUCUCUGAGGAAAAAGAAAGGAAGGCCAAUGCAUCUGUUAAAGAACUGAGCUGCAAGGACCCUGAGGGCCCCUGAAAAUGUCCCGAAUACUGUGCCUUUCUCUUCUCCACCAAUCCAAACCACUAUCAACAGAUUGACAGGCAGGACAGCAAGUCCAGCUCUACUUCACUCAACGGUUCAGAGAGAAGCUGAGCAAUUGAUCUGUAAAACAAAGUUCAUUAGAUUUUCCAUGUUCUCUAUUCUAACUGAUCAGGAAGUUGUAUAAUUUUGUACUGUAAGACUCACAAGACUACAGUGAAGUUAAUACCAACUUUACUGCUUUGCUUAAUCAAUGGAAACAGAAUAUUGACAUCUUUAGCAGAAGGGAUAAAUAAAGUAUUUCACAAGUUAAAAGAUCAAUGGCUCAGCUUUUAACUCUGUCUAUUAUGUGUUAUAUAGAUACAUCUUACAUGUUGAUUGAUACAAACCUAUGUGUAUUAUGGAUGAAUCACGGAAUUAUAAAAAAUAAAAAAAACAAUCAAUAAGUAUAUUGCAAGGAAUGACAAACAUGUCAAACACAUUAGCAAUGAGGAAAACCUCUGACUGGGGAAGAACGGAUUACUUUAGUUGCUUGUUUACACAGAAAUCAUGUGAAGAGUUUUUAAAGCCAAAGGAAUGAAAAGCAUGUCCUGUGGACUGUUAAAUGCACAAUACGUGAUUUCAACAGCCGGAUCCUGCUACUUGAGCUGAUGGAUGGAGUUUAUUGAUAUUUUGAACCUUUACAUUGUUACAAAAAACACUAGCAACCUUAGAUAUUGGGUUAUGACAGUUGUACUGAGCUCAUACGACAUUAUUGUAAUAUAUGUCAUUAAUUCAAAUUACCAUUGGAAAUCUCCAAAUCUGACAGAUUAUGCCUUUAAAAUCAGCAUGGCUGACCAACCAUUGGCCAAAUCAGGGACCAGCCAGAGCACACUGACCUUUUGACAUGACCUUUGGCUGUUGUUAAAUGGGGAAUUUUAGUUGUGUAACCAUUCCUACAGCAGAACUAGGAAUGAGGAUCUCUGUGAAUCCACUAGGGUCUAAUUCCAUUUCCAAUCCAGAUAAGUGUGUAUUGAAUGUGCUUACUGAGUACCUCCAAUUAAUGUAUAGAAUGUACAGAAUGUAUCCAAAACCAGCAAUGCCUUUUUUUUCAGAUUGUAAUAAAAUUGAAUUUCAGAACAAAGAUGGCCUGUUAUGUCAUUCA